AUGUCGCUUACAACCGACAUGCGCGAUCGGUUUACCGAAAUUAUAGACUCGAUCUUGGCCAAAAGUGACCUUAAUACCAUCUCCGAGAAGCGCAUUCGCAAGGGUCUGCAAGAGGAAGUCGGCUAUGACCUCACUAAACAAAAGAGUGCGCUCAAGGAACUCAUCAUGCAACGCUUCGAUAUUUACGCGGAGAAAAACGGAGUAGGCGAGUCUCCCGAGGAACCCGUCAGCAACGGUCACAAGGAUGAUGAAUCCGCCUUUGUGGCACCCUCUCCACCCCCGUCGUCCUCGCCUGUCAAACGCCAGGCUGAUAGUGAAGAAGCAUCUGAUCCGAGCGCCUCCUCCCCGCCACCUAAAAAACACAAGCCAGACGCCGAUGCCGAUGUCGAUGCCGAUGCGCUGUUCGCGGCCAAGCUCCAGGCGGAAGAAAACAUGCGCGCGCGACCAACACGAGGAGGCAAUAGCCGCCGGUCAGCUCCUUCGAAGAAAAAGAGCAAAGCCAAGACGUCCAAGAGAGUCAAGGCAGAAGAUGACUCGGAUGUUGGGUCAGGUUCAGACACCAAGAAGGAGGUGAAUCGAACAGGUGGAUUCCAUAAACCUCUCAACCUAUCACCUGCAUUGUCUUCACUCCUCGGAGAGGUCACACUUUCGCGACCUCAAACUGUCAAGAAAGUUUGGCAAUAUAUUCGCGAAAAUGAUCUACAGGACCCGAGUGACCGACGCCAGAUCCGUUGCGAUGAACCGAUGCGCGCGGUGUUCAAACAGGACCGCGUACAUAUGUUCACUAUGACAAAGAUUCUCAACCAAAACUUGUAUAACCCCGAUGAAUAG